AUGGAUCACGGCGCCGCAGCGUCUCUGAGCCCGACAAGCCCCGUCAGUGCACGGAGUCACGUCGGAGCCAACGGCGGUCCCAAGAGAAAGCGCAGUGUCGGCGGCCUAGCCAGCACCAUCGACAGCAGCCCAGGCAGCCCAGGGCUUGACGAUGAUCAUGGCGAUCACCACGAGAAGAAGCGCCAACCGGGCGUCAAACGGGCAUGCAAUGAGUGCCGGCAACAAAAGUUACGUUGCGAUGUCGUACAAGACCCGUUUCAGGGAUGCACCCGUUGUGGGAGGCUCAAGCUCGAGUGCAAAAUCGAAUCCAACUUCAAGCGCGUCGGCAAGCGCAGUAAGCAUGCCGAGAUGGAGAAGGAGAUUGAUAUGCUGCGGCGCGCCGUACAACGAGCACGGACUGCCGGGUUUAUCGACGAGGACGACGGCAUGCAUUCGCAAAUCCCGUCGCCCAUCGUAAACAACGUCUACUCGCACACCCGAAACCCGUCACUGAUGGGCUCCGAGGAGGCCGUAUCGUCUCUGCUGCACCUGAAAAGGGGCUACACGAUACCCAGAAUCGUCCGCAGUCUUGACGAGGUCCAACUUACCGAGGAUGCAGAAGCCCAGCUUUUCGAUAUCUUUUUCCGCCACUACCAUCCCAUACUCCCAUUUCUCAACCCACAAAUGACACCUGAGGCUUACUACCAGCAACAUACCCUGCUCUACUGGGUUAUUGUAGCUAUAGCCUCUAGACGAUAUCCCGCAGAUCCUACGCUUUUAGGAAACAUAUCACGUCCAUUAAACCAAUUACUUUGGUCGACCAUAGGAGAGGUGCCGGGCAACUAUUGGAUUGUGAAGGCACUCUGCCUUCUUUGCACAUGGCCGCUGCCAACAAGCACCAGCUCUGCGGACCCGACACAUAUCCUCUGCGGCGUCAUGAUGAAGAUCGCAACAGGAAUAGGAUUGCAUCGGCCAAUGCACAUCAACGACUUCUCCAGAGUGCAGAUUGAGCUUAACAAGGAGCAACUUCACGACCGAGUCACCACCUGGGCUGUUUGCAACAUUGUGGCACAAACAAUAGGCACUGGCUACGGUCAGCCUGCCUCGACACUAUACGACUGGACCCUCGCUGUCCGUCCUGGCGAUAACGGUCCAUUCCAGUUGUCUGCCGAAUUAGAAGCCAGACUGCAGAUCGAGCGCUUCUGCGACAAAGUUUCCAAGGAGAUGUACAGCAAUGCCAGUGAUCCUCGAGGCGUCGCUGGAGACGAGCACCGUGCAAUUCUCAUGCGCGUCUUUCGUCGCGAGUAUAGCGAGCUCAAUGCCAAUAUUUUGUCGCGGGAUUUGAGUCCGGUAGUCAACUUGCACCUGAAGGCAGCAGGCCUCCAUCUUCGCCUUGCGGCCUUUUUCGAUUCGAGCAAAACUCCAACCUAUGUCGAUGACUUGAAAGAGCUUUUCCGCGCGACCACCAGUUAUUUAGAUGCAAUUCUGGAGGGUGACUAUGACACAAACCCUCAGGAGCAAGGCGGAAACGACACUUUGAAAUACGCGACGAACUAUAUGCAGCAGAUGCUUGUUGCUACUGGUUUCGUACUUCUCAAGCUGAUGCGGUCCUUCUUUGCAAAGAUCAUAGACUUUGAACGCGGCCGGCUCCUUUUCCAUCGCACAUCCCAGGCCAUCCGGGCUACAAGCGUCAACAGGAAUGAUCUCAGCUGGCGGCUAGCUGAGCUGAUGGUGCAGAUGUGGAAUGGCGCUCGGGUAGACCCUGCUUAUAUGGAGAGUGGCAUGAUUGAUGACAGCUUACAGCUCAAGGUUCGGUGCAGACAUAGUAUGAGCCUUGUUUUUGACUCAAUCUGGGCAUGGAGGGAGGAUUACGAAGCCAGGGGACGUGGUUCUUUGGAUGCCCUCAAGAAUCCCACCAACCCGGACUCGGCGAACGAAUCUUCGGCAUCUUCGACCCAUUUGGACACGACUUUGAUGCCGCCCUCCCAUGGACUUACGGCUAGCUUGAUCGAACCAGCUCCAGCGCCCGCAAACAAUGGUGGCUUGACACCAUUGGGCGCAUCUGGGCUCUCUGGAAACAGCAACAAUGGAGGCGCCCAGAGUAGCGCAUCCCUUCUGACUACUCUGGGCGGUUAUGAUGCAAAUGCAACAGCCUAUGACUUUUUUGAUCCCCAACACUGGAUGCUCGAUAACCUGGUCGACUUUGGCUACUCAUUCGGUGGCGUUCAGGCGCUUGAAACCUAA